AUGCAGAACCUCAAGAAGGCACAGAUGCCGCAAUUAAGCACAUUGAUAUUUGCCGAACCGACUAGGCAGAGCAGUCCCAAGUGGCAGUCGCUGUUUACAGAGCGUGGGGUUUCCUUUCUGCCAGUGGUAAGAAGUGGUCUGGUGAGUGAACCAAACGAUGAAGCAAUCCUGAUGCAGGCUGGCAGGCUUUGCCAGCAGUCAGAUGUCUCUUGUAUUGUCUUGUUCACAAAAGACACAGUUCUGAUGAAGCGCGUGAUGCAUCAAGCCAAGAUGGGUAUGAAAGAGUUUUGGUUGGUGGUUCUGGACACAAAGGUGAGCGGAACAGAUACCAUUGAGAGUCAAGCUUCACGAGUGUUUCGCCUUCAGCUUCCACGCACAGUGCCUUUCAAGGUUCGGGCUUUGCUGCAUUCCGAUGCAAGUGGAGAGGUCUUUCUGGAAGACACUCCACCACUGUCUGGAGCGGAUGCGCGUAAGCAGAAGGAAUCCCUGCAUGAGUUUCUCAUCCACAAGCAGUUCUGCAGCGCCGAGGACAACACACACCAUGCAGCAGUGAAAUGCUGGUAUGAACACGUACUUCUUGGUGCCCUGAGCUCUCCGCUGCCGGUUUUUCCGACAGAAGCCACUAUUCAGUUCAUGUGUGAAGCAGUUGCCGGCAGUGCGCGGCAGCCCAGCGCAAGAACAGGGAACUAUGCCUUGUGUUUGCCUCAUGCUCCUGCUAUGUUUGGGCUUUCUAAGGCCAAUCAGACGGUCUAUGGGAGCAGGUUACAAAGGGCCAUACUGCGUGGUGGUGCUCCGUUCAUAAUGCCUGAGUCAGAUGACUUGGCAGUGCAAGUGCUGAAGAGGCUCGGAUACAUAGACAGCUCUUUGAACACAAGUGUCGUCGAGGGCUUGCUUGUCUUCAUAAACGGAGCCAAGAACAAGAAGCAACUUCUCACGAUGGGCUUAUUGCCUUCGCCUGAGGAUACUGUUAAACAGGCUUUGUGCUUGCUGCAUCGUGCUUUUUUGUCGAACCGACUGCCGCCACUUUGGCAACGAGCACCCCCCGAUGACCAGAAAGUCCGCGACAUGUUGCAGAAGCAGGGGCUUAUUUCAAGCACUACAUCAACAAAACAUGAAGUACUUGCUGCCAUGAUGAAGCUUUCUGAACGCAAGCGUCAGUGCGGGCACAAGAUGAAGACGUACAACGGGCUCGUUUGGAGCCUAACCCGGUUUGUGGUGCUUGACGACCCCAUGCGGCGAGAAGCAGUAUUUUUGAAAAACGACGGCUGCCACUGA